GCCUAAUAUGGGCGUAUACGAACCUUCUCUUCCUCCGCGGGACUAAUAAAUACGAGAAUGGGGGCUUUUCUGCUCCCCCGACAUAUAAAGCCUUCAAUGGGAUAGCCGGCCGGAGUGAUGUCUUCCAGAUACCGUCAAUUCCAUCCUCAUCCUCUGAAUUCAUUACCAUCAUUCGCAACCAUGCGGGUUUCUCUCGCCAUGUUGGCCUUGGCCGCCCCCACCUGUCUUGGCCAGGAGAUAUCUUCUCGAUCUAGCCAAGCCCAAGAUCUCUACAGCUGUGCUUCUCGAGCCUUUUCCACCACGGCAUCUCAGCGCAUCGUCCGCCCCGAGGACGACAACUAUUUGGACGCACGCCUGGGCGAGAAGAUUCAGUUUACCGAGUUCCCGCUGUUAAUCGCCUACGCAGAAAGGGCAGAGGAGGUUGGCAAGCUAGUGAAGUGUGCCAAGAAGGCUGGUGUCAAGGCCGUUCCUCGCACCGGCGGCCACAGCUUCACGGCGUUCUCAUCUCUAAACGGCACUCUGGUGAUUGAUAUCGCCCAUAUCAACGAAGUCAAGGUUUCCCGCGAUCGUCGCUCGGCCACUGUAGGCGCGGGAAUUCGUCUAGGCGCUCUCUACACAGCCUUGAAUGAAUUUGACACGUCCUUCAUAGGAGGGAUUUGUCCCACGGUCGGACUGGCAGGCUUCCUCGGAUCUGGGGGAUUCAACAUGCAACAGCGAUCCCAGGGUCUGGGAGUCGACCACGUUCUUGCAGCCAAGGUUGUCACCGCAGAUGGCAGAACAGUCGUUGCUUCCCCAAAGUCGCAUCCUGACUUGUUCUGGGCCAUUCGCGGGGGCGGUGGUGGCACAUAUGGCGUCGUGGUGGAAUUUACUCUUUCUCUGACCAAAGUGCCUCGAUCUGCCAUGCUGCUUCUGAGCUGGAACAAUACCGAGGCUCGCUUCCCCGUUGCCCGACGAUUUCUGGACUGGGCCCCGAAGCAGGAGCCGGCGUUCAUGUCGCAAAUCAAUGUUUAUCACGACACGGUGCAGGUGGUAGCCAUGCAUUACGGUCGGUCCGCUCAGGCCCUACGUGGCCUCGUCAAUGCGUCCGGCCUGUUGGAUAUUGACCACCCUGAGGUGGUUAUUGCCGGCGGCUGUAACGUGGACAACGCUCGAAUCUUCGGAUAUACAGCCAUGGACUGCCUCCCCGACGACCAGGUGGAUGCAUCAAUUCUUAACGUCGUUCCCGAUCCAUUCAGUCAAGUGGGCAAUCAUCCUCAGUUCCAAUAUAAGGAGGAACGCAAGUCCGAUACUGUAGGCCCGGCACAGCCCUGGGAGCGUUUCUACCGACUGAGUAAGUCCUUCUUUGUGCAGAAGAGCCGCCCGCUCAGCGAUGAAGUACUUCGGGGCGUUGUGGACCGUAUCGGCCAGCUGGACGAAGACAGCCAGAUCUGGGGAGAGUGGCACUCGUGGAAUAUUCCGCGCAAGACCCUCGGCAGCAAGAAUGCUUUCCCAUGGAGGGAAGAUGCCUACGCUCACUUGGAAUUUCAAAUUCACGGGUCGGAGAAUGAGACUCAGCAACAAGUUUACGAGCAUUGGUUCGGAGAGUUGGAAUCGUUCUUACGCCCUGCGGUCGGUCCGGCGAGCUAUUCGGGCUACAUGGAUACAGACAUCUCGACCAACCCUCUGAUCUCCUACUACGGAGAGAAUGUUUGCCGUUUGAUCUCUAUCAAGCAGAUGUAUGACCCAGAGGAAUUUUUCACCAACCCAUUUUCCAUUCCCGCGUCGGUGCCAGAAGGAAUCCAGUGCUAG